CGCGGAAACUCCACGAGCCUCCACGCCUGCCAAGUCCUAUGUUCGCGACAUUAUCCCGCAGGAGCUCGAGAGCCAGGAAAGCUUACAUAUGUUCAUCAUGUCUGCACAAUGCCCUCACGCAUGCUCCUCCCGGCCCCCUUCAAGCAGGUGGAGCUGAUCGCGCGCGGCGAGUUUUGUCCUUCUAUUCCACUUCCACUUCCAGCGAUGCCCAACCCCCCAACGAGGCCAUCGAGCCUGCCGAAACUCCGAAGACGGAAGCUGCUGAAGAUGGAAAGGCUGCCGCCGUUGCAGAUAGUGCCGAGGGGCAGAGGCUGGGGAAAGGAAAGAAGCCCAAGGGGCGAAGGCUAUCGAACUCGGAGAGCGCAUUGAAAGGCUUGAGACAGUCGUUGGCGUUGGCUGUAGAGCAAGAAGUUGUCCUCAGCCGCAGAGACCGGGUUGCGCAGACGGUAAAGGGGAAUGCUGCUGCUGUUCGAACAUCGAGGGUGGCACGAAGGCUGGAACUUGCGCAGAUGGUGAAGGGAAAGGAGAAGAAAGCUGCUGAGACUGGUGAGGCCAAGAAGGAUACUGUCAAGGCGCCGAAGACCAAGAAGGCCACUUCCAAGACAUCAAAGGCCAAGAAGCAGAGCGAUGAAAAAAAAACUGAGGGGUUGUCUUCGCUGGUUCGACAGUUGGCCGUAAGGGAGGCAAGGCCCUGUUUUCGAAGCGUAGUCGGUCAUAAGUCCACGGAUAUGACAGAGAAGGGCGAGGAGAAACCUUCCACAGGGGACCAGGAAGCCCAGGGUGUUGUCGGGAACGCUGAUAAGAAGACGACCGUCCUUUGUCUUAGGACGCGUACAGACCCGACAAAUCCAGAUUCUUCUGCAGUUCCCGCCUUCUUAGCAAAAUACCCAGAGAUUGAGAAGAAGGUUCGAGAGUUCCAAGAGUACGCCUCAACAACCCAAGCGGAGGAUAUUCCGGGGGGGCCAAGUGAGAACUUACUCAAAAGGAGAUUAUCAACGAGAAGGAGGACACUGUUCAAAUUGAUUAAGACUGGGCGACUGUCACGAGAGGAGAAACAAGUUCUCAGGAAGCUGCUGAGACCUUCUAUUAGCACCAGAGCCUCUCAUGCUUUACUCAACCUGACGACAGUGGAAACCCCCUCGGCUGCUGUUGCCAAACGUAAGAGUACGACACUCGUAGCAGCCCCUUCAGCUGCGCCUGUCAGGGGACGCGUGAGACCAACAACGGAAGCACCAAUACAGAGCGAGAAGCCCGGCCCCAUAUCAGCGGCAAGAGGAACCACUAAACAUGAAAUCGAGACAAUCAAGGCGAACGAGCUCCAGCUCGUGCCCAUUGACAAGGAGCCACUCGAGGUUCCAAGCUUGGCUUAUGGCCUGGAAAGAGUCCUGUUCAACCCUGGAGUCUAUCACCUCCAAGAUCCUCGAUCUCGAGUAUUCAAUUUCGAUCCUUAUUUGCAGACUAUUAUGCCCGUCAGCGAAUUUGACUUCAACGCUUUGAAGCAGUAUAUCACUUCUUCUCGCGACAAGACGCUUCUCUCAAAGGCCAAGGAAGAGGAGAAGAAGUAUACCGGAUCGACGUCCAGCAUGACAGCUGCGCUAGGGCAUUUCCAUUUUCUGCUGUCCCAGUGGCGGCCAAUCACCACUGGUAUUCUAUCACAAAUGUUCCCUGUUGAGUUCAACACAUUUACCGCCCUGCAGCGUGGUCCAGUUGCAGUAUUCUUACGUUGGAGAGAUGGGACUUAUGCCAUCGAUGCUGACAAGGAGUACGACGACUCCAACAUCCUGAUGAUGCUCGGCAAAUCGAUGGAGAAACUUCUCACUCUGUCAACCGACGACUUUGAGAAGUAUCGGAAGGCAAACUCGGACCAGAUUUCGGAAGAGCAACGGAACGAAUCCGAGCCAUUUCACUACACGACUAUGGGAGACUUUCUACUGAGAUCCCAGUUAGAUGCUCAUGAUCCUAGACUGCCGGGCACUGGUAUGUUCGAUCUCAAAACCAGAGCCGUGAUCUCUGUCCGCAUGGACACCUCCGCUUUUGAAGAAGGGAGAGGGUACCAGAUCCGCGGCCGUCACGGUGAAUGGGAGUCUUUCGAGCGGGAGUACUACGACAUGAUCCGCUCUGCUUUUCUGAAGUAUUCGCUCCAGGUCAGAAUGGGCCGUAUGGACGGCAUAUUCGUCGCCUUCCAUAACACCGAGCGGAUUUUCGGCUUCCAGUACAUCAGUCUCCCAGAAAUGGACUACGCGCUGCAUGGCACGGACAACACUGCAAUCGGAGAUUCCGAGUUCAAGCUGAGCUUGGAGUUACUGAAUCGUGUGCUUGAUCGAGCGACUGCUAAGUUCCCAAAGCAGUCGCUUCGUCUGCACUUUGAGACGAGAGAUAGCGCGACGCCGUUUAUGUACAUUUUCGCUGAGCCGGUUGCUGAGAAGGACGUCGAGAGGAUUCAGGCGACGAAUAAGCUGAAGAUUGAGGAGUUUGAGAGGGAGGUACUUGGAGUUACUACUUCGAAGUUGACGGAGGAGCAGAAGGAGGCUGAAUGGGCGAAACUGAGGGCAAAGGUCGAGGAGGAGAUGCAGCAGGAUGAGCUUGGUAUUGAGAAUGCGGAGGAGGCAAAGAUGCAGUCUGGGUUGGAUGAGUUGGUCAUGCAAGAGCAGUAUAAGGCGGAGGAAUUGCUGGCUACGACUACUUUUGAAGAUGGGGAGGAGAAUGAGGAAGAUGAUGAGGAAGAUGAGGUGCUGAUUGAACAAUUGGAAGACGGCGACGAGGAAACUCUUGAAGAGGAAGAGGGGCAAGACGAGGAAAUCCUAGAGGAAGACGAGGGUCACGAUGAACAAAGCGAAGGGGCUGUAGUUGAAGAUGGAGAUGAGAAUCUGGAAGGCAACGACCUUGACGAGCAGACUAUUAUUGACGAAACCCUCGCAGAUGAUGCGGCGGAGUCGGAUGAAAGUCUCGAAGAACAGGACCUCGAGGAGCAAGAUACAGCAGAAAAAAACCUGUUAGAUGAUCUCCAAGAGACGGAAGAGUCGGAAAGUUUACAGGAACGGGAUGUUGAAGAGCAAACCUUAGCCGAAGAGAUCGUAGCUCAAGAUCUCGAGGAAGCGGACUGGCUCAAAAUCAUUGGCGACGAAGAAGAAACUCUUGCCGAUGAAGAGAGCAACAGAGCUGACCCAGAGCCACCUAACAUCAAUAACGACAUUGCCAAACUCACAGCAGCAGGAACGUUGAGCGGCUCCACAAUUAAAGAGGCUGUAAAAGCAGCAUACGCUAAACGCAAAGCCCACCAAGCCAAGAAGAGAGGCAAUAAAGCCAAGACAAGCAAUAAAGCCAAGAAGACAAGCAAUAAAGCCAAGAAGACAAGCAAUAAAGCCAGUGAAUCCACAGACGGGGAAGCCACCGAGGCCACGAAAAAUCCCCUCCUCGCCAUGACGCUCGUGAUCCGCAACAAGGUCAACAACAAGUACGUCAAGCGCCCGGAAUCUCUCGAAGGCCACGAGAAGUGGGACGUCGAGUACGCUUUAUCUGAAGUCGAGAAACUCGAGAGCGCGCAUAAAUUGUACGAGAUGACGAAGGCGAGGAGAUUUAAAGCAUUGACGAAGAGUUUGGAUCUGAGUGCCAAGAAUGCGUGGAAUAAUACUUUUAUUGAGAGUAUUAAGAAGAUGAAUGAGAAGGGACGCGUGUGGAGGGACAAGCAGGAUAAGAUUGAGAAGCGGCUGCCCGUUAAGACUUUGGGGGUUAAGGGGGGGAAGGAGAUGAGGGCGAAGGAUAGGGAUGUCUGGCAUCAGGGGAAGGAGGAGUGAGCUUCAUGUGGAUGGGAAUUUUCUUUGUGAUUGAUUGCAUAGGGUGGCGGGUGUAAAAUAGGUGGCAUAAUGGGCAUUGUGUUAUGAUUAAAAUGGCGAUUGGUCAGAUUUGGAACAAAGGUGUGUAAAAUAAAGAAGUAAUGUACAAAAGACUCAUCACUCAUAAUCUGAUAAUCCUAUCGUGUGUAUAUAUGUUCCGUGUAGGUGCCAGCAACGUAUUGGGC